AUGCCAUUUGUACGAUGGGCCAUUGUCGUACUAAUGGCAUUGGCCGUCCUGGUGUUGGGUAUCUAUGUCAAUGAUCAGUUUGGUUUUACAAGGGCAGCCCUAGGAGGAGGAGGCCAACAGAAUAAACCUCUGCACAGAGUGCAUGAAUUGCAUGGCGUUGUCAAUGCCAGCAUUGAUCUACAUUUGGACAUCCCCACCAUUCUGGUCCAACAAGGUCUCUACCAAAAAGACUCUGUGGCCAAUGAAUACGGAGCCAUUGCGGCCUACUGGGAUGACAGCAUCAGCAACAAUACCAACGGUACAACUGCAGAAAGGACUGUGUAUGGUCCCUGCUAUGCCUACCGCGACCGACAAAUCAACUGGAAAAAGGCCAUUGCGCGUUACAAGGCAGACCAUGAACCAUGGUACAAUGACGACCGUCGUUCCAGACUAAAUCCUUCAGAUCUUCAAGGAUACUGCCGUCCUGGAUUCCUCAUUAUUGGAGCGGGAAAAUGUGGGACUUCUAGUCUCUACCAUUACAUUGCUUCUCACCCAAAAGUCCUCCCUGCAUCUCAAAAACAGAUUCACUAUUUCAAGUACCACAUGCAUGAACCACUCAAGUGGUACUAUAAUCAUUUUCCUAGCACAGAAAGCCUUCUCGCCGCGGGGGCGUUGAUGAGUGGAGAAGCCAGUCCUGGAUAUCUGCCGUAUCCGGAUGUAGUCAUUGACAUGAAACGGAGUAUGCCCAUGCCUCGUCUUUUGGCCAUUGGCAGAAAUCCCAUUGAACGAUCGUACUCAUCGUACAAGUACAACUAUGUGACACCCACGGGGACAUACCUGUCCAAGGGUAAAAACCCAAACAUCAAAGGACAGCAACCGAUCGAAUAUUACCAACAAUUUCUCUACUCCUUUGAGGACAUGAUGAAGGCGGAAUUGGCAGUGCUGAAAGAGUGCUUUGCACCCGAAAGCGAACCACAAAAGCAAUCCAAGAAACGAUGGGGCCACGUACCGUGGAUUCGCAACGAGUACGAACGGCGCCAACAAAACAAUCUGCCCCCACUGAUUGACCUAGAUGGUUUCUGUUACGGAGGCAAGGUCAGCAAGGAAGUGCUGCGCAAGCAAUGGGCCCACCUGGUGGAAGAACAGCCUGACAAGUUCAUUCUCGAUCGCAAUCUACACCUUACGCAAGCUUUGAUUGGUCGAAGCCUUUAUCUGUUUCCUCUGGAAUGGUGGUAUGCCGCCUUUCCUUCGGAGCAUGUAUACUUUGUGUGUACGGAGGAACUCAAAGAUUUCACUGGCGAAUCAAUGAACGGGGUGGGACGGUUCCUGGGACUACCUCGGUACGAUAAUUUUUCCGAGGUGGUCCAACGGGGUGCCUACAACGUGGGAGGCCACCGUGGAUAUGACCAUGAGGUAUCUUGGAAAGAAGUCCAAGCAGAGCAACAGCAACACGAUGACAUUCCACUCUCCAAAGAGUUUCGGAAGGAGCUUGAGGACUUCCUUCGUCCGUACAAUGAAAGGCUCUUCGAGAUGACUGGUCGUCGAUGCGAUUGGUAA